AUGUCUGCUCUCGCGGGGCCUCUGUGCCCGCCUGUGGCGAUGAAUGGUGCGGAAGGGCCGAGCUCGGGGCUGCGUCACUACUACGAGCAGAAGAUCGAUGGUUUGCAGCGCGUCAUCAACGAGAAGUCGCAAGAUAAGCGACGUCUCGAGGCUCAGAGAAACGAACUGAAUGCAAAAGUUCGUGAGCUGCGCGACGAGCUCCAAGUGUUGCUCGAGCCCGGAAGCUACGUCGGCGAGGUUGUGAAGGUUAUGGGCCGGAACAAAGUUCUUGUAAAGGUAAACCCCGAGGGGAAAUACGUGGUGGACGUCGCGAAGAACAUCGACUUGUCGCAGUGCACUGUGAACACGCGCGUGGCUCUGUUGAACGACAGCUACCGCCUACACAAGAUCCUCCCAACCAAAAUCGAUCCUCUGGUCUCGCUCAUGAAAGUCGAGAAGGUGCCGGAGAGCACCUACGAGAUGGGCGUGCUGCUCUACGGGCCCCCGGGGACGGGGAAGACGCUGCUGGCCCGAGCGGUUGCUCACCAUACAGACUGCACCUUUAUUCGCGUCAGCGGCGGCGAACUGGUCCAAAAGUACAUCGGCGAGGGGAGUCGCAUGGUCCGAGAACUGUUUGUCAUGGCGCGAGAGCACGCACCGAGCAUCAUCUUCAUGGACGAAAUCGACAGCAUCGGCAGCCAGAGAACCGAGGGCGAGCACGGCGACUCGGAAGUCCAGAGAACCAUGAUGGAACUCCUGAACCAACUCGAUGGCUUCGAGUCGACACAGAACAUCAAGGUGAUCAUGUGCACCAACCGAAUCGACAUCCUCGACGACGCUCUGCUGCGCCCAGGCCGCAUCGACCGCAAAAUCGAAUUCCCGAACCCGAACGUCGAUGCACGCACGGAGAUUUUGAAGAUCCACAGCCGGAAGAUGAAUCUGAUGCGUGGAAUUGACAUGAGAAAAAUUGCGCAAGAAAUGAACGGAUCGUCGGGUGCAGAGGUCAAAGCUGUGUGCACGGAGGCGGGAAUGUUUGCUCUCAGAGAACGCCGCAUGUUCGUUACACAGGAAGACUUCGAGAUGGCUGUCGCGAAGGUUAUGAAGAAGGACGCAGAGAAGAAUAUGUCUCUUCGCAAAUUGUGGAAGUAA